AUUGAUAUAUACAUACAUAUACAUAUACAUAUAUAUAUAUAUAUAUAUAUAUAUAUAUAUAUCUUCUUCUAUAGAAUAAAUCCACGAGGCUUAAUGUAAAACUCUAUAGAAGAAUUCACUUAUUCAUUCACACACACAGACACACAUACACACACACGUCACACGCGCAAAUACAUACAUAUAUUAUAAAUAAUUAUCGUUUUAUUAUAAAUAUUGAGUGAUACACACAGACUAUACGCAUAUAUUCAUUACUAAAUAUAUAUGUACAUUCAUUCAUUCCUAGGAUAUUAUUAAUUACAAGACAAACGCACACACACAAAAUGACCAUAACUACACUUGUGUGCUUCCAGGCUUAUUUCCACUUUGUGAUGUGGGCAGUCCUGGCGUCGGACCCCCGCUUUGAUGUUCCAGUUGUAAAUGUAACAGUAGUAGCCGGUGAAACGGCUGUAUUACCGUGUUCCGUGGAAUACCUCGGUAAAUAUCAGGUUGUUUGGAUGGACAAAAAGUUGUCGCUACUUACAUUAGAAAAUAGAAGGGUAAUCGAUGAUGCCCGAGUUAGUGUCGAAAGGCCUUACGUCGCUAACUGGAAUUUGCACAUACGAGACGUCACUUCGGAUGAUCAAGGCUUAUAUAUGUGUCAAAUCAACACAGAUCCAGUAAAGAUUAAGCAAGUUGUUCUUUAUGUGCAAGUUCCUUCGAAAAUUAUCGACCAUUUAUCUAGCGAUGACAUGGAAUUACGGGAAGGUGAUACGGUACUUCUUGUGUGUAACGUAACUGGAGUACCUCAUCCUAAUGUCACGUGGUAUCGGCUUUCGAAGAAAGGAAAAAACGGAAGAGAAAAAAUCGGUAUGAGUGGAGAAGUGUUAAAAAUUCGCAAUAUCUCUCGGUAUUGUGAUGAUAUUUAUGAAUGUGUUGCUUUUAACGGUGUACCACCUACAGUCAGCAGACAGAUUAAAGUAUCCGUACAAUUCCCUCCUGAAGUCCGAGUUCGUAAUAAACGAAUGGGACAAGAAAUUGGCAAAAUGACAAUACUUGAGUGUACAGUAACAGCAAGUCCACUCGGUGCAACACAUUGGGAAAAGAAUUCUAACAGAAUAGAAAAUUCAUGGAAGUAUCGUGCAGAAGCAUAUAAUGAAGAUGAGCACACUAUAACUUUAAGCCUGAGGAUACGGGCAGUAGAGAUAUCAGACUUUGGAGAAUAUACAUGUGUUGCUUCUAAUCAUCUCGGAAGUGACCAGGAGAAAAUGAUUCUAUAUGAGCAUAAUGGCAACAGAAUCAGACCAGCUAGUAAACCAGAUAAACAAAAUGGUGGCAAUCCACCAUUGCUAUCGCACAGUAAUCAAACACCACCACGAAAUAGAGUCACUACGCCCAUGAAUGAAGUUUGGCUACCAGGCGGAGGACAAGGCCAAUCAGAAUCCUCAGCAGCUUUGGGAUCCGGAUGCAAGAAACCAAUUACCGAUUUACUUUUUUCCUGCUUCUCUCUUCUUCUCGCCAUUUCGCAAGUUUGUUGCAUAUAAAAUUUUUUAAAAACCGGCGUGAUUUUAACUAAAGCUUGAGAGUCUUCCACUUGAAUCCAGUGAAAAAUCAAAGGUUUGAGAUUACAAAACAAACAAAAAUAUGAAGAAAAAGAAAGGAGAAAAUGUAUACAUAUGAUAAAAAAAAAAAAUAUAGCAUAAAUUCUAAAA